UUUGCUGGGAGGACCAAGGCAGAAGGAAAAUGGGGGAAAGAUGAAAUGGCGCCGCUUUUAUCCUAGCAGGUGCAUUGUCAUUUCCAAAGCUAUAAAACCUCACUUAAACCUUCCAUCUUCCGAUCCUCCCUCGUCGUCUUCUCUCUCCGAAUAGGGUUUUUAUCUGUACAAUUUGGAAGGAUUCUGAUUCAGUCACCGAUUUGAGAGGUUAAACGCACCGUCUUUUCCCAGUCCUAUACCACAUUACGAAGAUGCCUCGGCCAUCAAAAAGAAAAGCCGCCCCAUCAGCUGAUGUCGAUCUUUCUGUUUCUCCCGCAUCCAAGAAAUCAAGAACCAAGCAAAUCAACAAAGUAGAUCACCUAUUUGAUAGAUACUCAAACAAGUCAAUGGAUUUGAUUGAUCCAGCAGGAAUCGAGUCCCUUUGUACAGAUUUAGGUGUGCUCCAUACAGACAUUAAAAUUCUGAUGCUUGCUUGGAAAAUGAAAUCUGAAAAGCAGGGUUAUUUUUCUAAGGAUGAGUGGCGAAGAGGCCUCAAAUGCUUAGGGGUUGACACCCUGCCUAAAUUAAAAAAAUCAGUCCUUGGGUUGGAUCAAGAGGUGAUGAAAUCAGGCUACUUUGAGGAGUUUUAUAUCUAUGCAUUUCAAUACUGCCUAACAGAGGACAUGCAAAGGAGCGUAGAUAUUGAGACCAUCUGUGAAUUGUUGAAUAUUGUUCUCGGACCCCAAUUUCCUACUCAGGUCAAUUUAUUAAUUGAGUAUCUGAAGAUACAAAAUGAUUACAGGGCUAUAAACCAGGAUCAAUGGAGUAGUUUUUACCGUUUCUUUAAGGAGGUAAGCUUUUCAGAACUUGAAAGUUAUGACUCCACGCUAGCCUGGCCAGUGAUCCUUGACACUUUUGUUGAAUGGUUAAAAGAGAGAGUAAAUAAAAGUUAAUUUCUUGCACUUGGAAUUUCCGGCCAACUUGCACUGCUGACGAGCCAGAAUCUUGUUGGAGUAAGAUUUCCAAUUGUAUAUGACUGUUCUGAUUGAUAUUUUUGCGGGUUUUUCUGCAAGAAAUUGCUAUACAGAUCCUAUGUAACAUCAACGUCAUAUAGUGCCAAAAGCUUGCCUGAAAUUUUCCAGCUGACAUUGAGAUACUAUUGUUAAACAAUUUUGCUAUUCUCUGUAACAUUUCUCCAUAAGCUUCUUGCGUGUCUGUUCAUUGACAUUCUUAUAUAAAAUUGGAAUUAGAAGCUGAGCGUGGAAGAGUAUUCAGCAAGGUUUUCUUCCAUGAGUUUCUGGUUA